AUGAAGCAAUACGGAAAUCCUUAAUAUUGGGAAGAAAGAUAUGCAAAAGAGCCAGAGCCUUUUGAUUGGUAUUAGCGUUUCAGUGGAAUAAGAGAUCAUGUUAUUCCUCAUAUCAACCCUGAAAGCAAAAUUCUUAAUGUUGGAUCAGGCAGUUCGAGAUUAAGUGAAGAAAUGUUUGAUGAAGGUCAUCAAAAUAUAACCAAUAUUGAUAUAUCUUCAAUAGUGACUAAAUCAAUGCAGGAAAAAUAUAAAGACAAAGGACCUAAUUUUAAAUAUUUAUAAAUGGAUGUAAGAAAUAUGGAAUUCGAAGCAAAGUCAUUUGAUUGCGUAAUGGAUAAAGGAACUCUAGAUUCUAUACUAUGUGGUGAAAGUUCUACUUCAAAUGCAAAUAAAGCCAUUUCAGAAAUAUAUAGAGUACUUACACCAAAAGGAGUGUAUGUUCUUAUAUCUCAUGGUUCUCCAGAAUACAGAAGAACAUAUCUUUAAAAGCCAGAAUUUUAAUGGGAUAUCCAAGAAAUUGUAAUUAAAAAACCGUAAAUUACCAAUGUUGAAGAAAAAGAUCCAGAGAAGCAUUAUAUUUACAUAUGCAAAAAGAAAGUUGAAGAAAUAGGAGAAGACAAUGCAGAAAAUUUUGACUGA